AUUGAAGGUGGACCCUGUCACGUGGGUCUAAGGCGCGUGGCCCACCUGAUUGACAGGGCCUGGGGUCACGUGGUGCGGGCGGCUGGUUCGGGUACCGUUCGGUCAUUGCAAGGGUGGAGACGAUGGCGCGUCUGCUGCUGUUUCGGAGCCAGUUCCUCGUCGUUCGGCAGUUGCGGGCUUACAGCGACGGUAGCCAGCUGGGUGAGCUUGGCCAGGGUGCUGGAAAAGGAGGUGGUGGUGGAGGGAGCAUAAGAGAAGCUGGAGGUGCAUUCGGCAGAAGGGAGGCAGCAAUGGAGGAAAAAUACUUCAGGGAAAAGGAAAUGGAACAGAUUGAAAAUCUGAGGAAACAUCAUCAAGAGGAGAUUAACCAUCAUGAGCAGGAAAUACAGCGUUUACAGAAUGAGAUUAAACGCCGCAAGAAUCAGAUCAAGAAGCUGAAGCAUGAUGACUAUGACAGUGACUAGAUUUGUAGUAUUUGUGUUGCUUAGAUUAUCUCAAUCAUAGCAUUUGUUGAUGGUGGACUCAUAAUUGUGCUUGAAUGUAAAUUGUUAAAUAAAAAUACACUAUGUUCACUA